AUGAGUGACGAUAAGCUGCCUGAGAAGGUGCUUGAGCCUUUUAAAGAAGCUCUUCUGUUCUGGUCCAUCCAGAUUGCCAAGCCUGAAGAGCUCAAGAAGUCUAUUCCACCUGCUAAAGUUGAAGAUCCACUUGGAGAGAUCGUUAAACUUGCUAAACUCAUCAAAGCCCAGACAACCAAAGUUGGUAUUGUCUUUGCUCCUAAAAAUAUCCAAAAGCAAUCAGAGGCUCCUCAUGAUACGGUAGCUGAAUUGUCCAAAACCUUUGUUUUUUACGUAUCUGCCCUUGCACAACUUUCACCAAAGACCAUUUCCACAUUAUUCCUUAACGAGAUCCUAGAGAAAUCCAAAGACUUAAUUGCAUUAGCUACGCUGUUUUCCGAUGAGCUUCUCCAAAUCUUGGAUACAAAGAAUGAAGACAAUGGUGAAGAAGAAGGUGGUGAUGAUAAUGCUGUGAACCCAAGACUUCUUUCAGUAGGUAAGAUUUGGCUGCUUUGCGACACCAUAGUUGACUUUAUCGAAAAGGGAAACCUCAAAUACUUGCAGCUGAAAACAACGCUAAAUAUCUCCUUGAUGGAGGAUGGACUAGAAGAGUUUGAAGAGUGGCUUGAGAACCCACAAGAUGCAGAUGAUGAUGAUUUCUUCGGCCUAGACGAUGAGUUCUCUGAUGAAGAACCUCCUGCUGCUGAGUCUAAGGAUGAUGAGGCGUCUGAGGAUGAGGCCGAUUAUGAAGAUCUCAAGAAGUUUGGUGAACAGUGGCUCAAGCAGUUGAAAUUGGUGAAGCUUCUAUUCCUUUCCAUCAACAAAUCACUUCCUAGCAUGACUUCUGGAUCCGACAUUGACGAUAUCUAUGCCACAGAGAACUCUGUCGCCCGUCAAGUCGAUCUGCUCGUCGUUGAGCUCAUGAUGAACAAAGAGUUGAACGACGAAGUCGAGAAUCUAGAUAAAGGCAUUGAAAAGGCGUGUUUGAAGAUUAUCAGUGUUCUUCGAAACGUGAACAAAUCAAACGAGACAAAGGUCAAAUGGUGUGUCUCAUGGGAAUCGAAAUAUAAAGAGUUGCAGGAUGCUAAAUAA